AUACGCUACCAUGAAGAGCAAUGAGCUUUGUUGGUAAAUUAACGCAAACGCAUAGUUCGAGAGCACUCAGUUAUAGAUAAAUUUAUUACUGGCAUUAAACUAAAAUUUCGAAAGUUUUUGUUUAGUCAAAUUUGUGAAUUCUUUGAAUAAACACUGCCCGCUUUGCGUGAACGGAUGCCGAAAACGAAUUGUCUGAAAUGUCCGAAAACUUAAAUGAAUUCAACGCCGAUGAAUUGCAGGCACCUGAAUGGUUGAAUGAUGACUUCUUUCUGAAAGUGUUGACAAACUGUGAAAACAAAACAAACAAAAUCAUCUUGAAUAAUGCGAAAAUAUCGCCGGCCUCCAUGAAGGGGGAUCACUAUGCGAGUGUUAUGUUUCGUGCGUUGUUGGACUAUGAUUUGGAUGGCGUUGCACAAACGAAGUCGGUGAUCGUGAAAACGAUGCCCGAAACGGAGGGGCACAAAAAGGAAAUGUUAGGCAAAUCGAAUAUUUUCGAAACGGAAAUAAAUAUGUACACCGAUGUUAUACCACGUUUUGAACAGAUUUUACGAGAUUGUGGUGAUAAUACGGUACUUGGUGCGCCUUGCCUAUACAGCUCUCUGCAACCUGAACAAGUCAUUGUAUUUGAAGAUCUUGUACCCAGCGGUUAUGAAGUGGUGCGGGAUCGCGUGCUCAAUGAGACGGAGGUGAAGGCGGCAUAUGAAAAGUUGGCCAAAUGGCAUGCUGUUAGUUACAAAAUUGGUCUGGAGGAGCCGCAUUAUUUUGACGAAUUCAGACGAGGCAUAUUUACAUUGUCAAACAUAGUUGACGAACCUUUCAUAACCGAUGGUAUAAUAAAUUUUGUAGAUAUGUUGAAAGCAACACCAUCUCUGCAAGAAUACUUGCCAUACUUCGAAGCAAUGAAGCCAAAACUCUUGGACAAGUGUCGCGCCUCUUUUGCUGAAUACCGUGAGGCGCCGCAAGAGAACGCUUGCUAUGCGCUUUGUCAUGGUGAUUUUCAUUCGAAGAAUAUGAUGUUUAAAUACCAGAGUGAAAGCAGAGAACUGAAAGAUGUAAUGCUCUUGGAUUUUCAAAUGUCAUAUUUUGGUCCCCUUGUGAAUGAUUUGAUUUAUUCGCUUUAUUUACUGUUGGAUGAGAAUCUGCGCUUAGAGUUCAAUACUAUGUUGUACUACUAUUACACGGUAUUCAAAAGUACUUUAAUUAAAAUCGGCUACAAUGGCACAUUACCAACACUUAUGCAGCUACGUCUAGAUUAUUACCGUUGUAAGGACUUUGAGAUUUUUCUUGUUGUAACAUUUUUACCAAUGUGGUAUGCAAUGAAUGACAAGAUCGAUGAUAUUGAAACUGUUAUGACAUCCGGUGACUUUCGGCGAAGAUUGUACUAUUCAAAGGAUUAUAUAAAAUAUUUGGAACAGGCAUUACCACGCUAUCUGCAUUUAGGUUACCUUGAAGAUUAGUUUUGCUAGGAACAAUUAAAAAAAUGAAAUAAAUGAAUAAAUAAAACCUGAAGUCUUACAUGAUCAAUAAAGUAUAUUUUUAC